ACCGGGAAGCGCAGCAGGGAAGCCCCCUAGGAAGCUGCGGGGAGUUGAGCAAGGAUAGGCAAGGCGCGGGGAAGCCUCACGCAGCGGGGAGAUAUCAGGGGAUAUUAUUCAUUUCUUGCCCUCCAGAGAGGAUCAGGAAAGAGGCGGAGUGGACGAACAUAGCCCGGCAGAAACCUCUCUUCCGAUAUGGAGUGGAAGUUGGAAAGAUGUGCCGGUCGCAAGGUCAAGACGGAUGAAGAAGUGUUGGGAAGAUUAUGGCGGCUCUUGGGACAGACCUCAGACAAGUCAGAAAACAUAGUUUGCAAACGCUGGCCAAGGGCUACCCUGAACCGAACCUGCCCAAUGAACACACCUUGCGUGAGGAGAAUCAAGAAUUCCAGGUAACUGAGACACCAGGCAAGACCUCAUACUCACAAUUUAAAAGUUGCAUUGUGAAGAAACUGGCAUCCCAAAUUCCUGUUGCUAGUAGCCCAAUUGCCACAAGGUGGCAGCAGGAGUGCACUGGAAAGCAGGCAGAGCAGACUUUUCAAGAAUGUGGUACAUCCGAAUUUUCUAUCUUGGAAGACAGAUCUGAUUUCACAGAGUCAUUUGGAAAGAUCACAACAAUCCCAGCGUCUUCUAGGAGGCUAACUGAAACCACUGUCUGUGAACCCAUUAUAUUUACUAAUACCACUCAUUUGAAUGAAGGAAGUGAAAGAGAGAAACAGAAAUGUCUCCAUCAGAUGAUGAUCACUGAAGAGAACAGGCAUGGCAUUUCAGAAAAAACGGGCUUGAACAUCUGUGAGAAACCUGAGUGCCUUUGGAAAGGUUGCAAGGAUGGAACUAAGACCGAGCAUGAUGCUCAUGGCAUUUCUGCGAGCACAGACAAAUGUCAGCCUUUGGAGCCAGAAAUUAGGUUUCACAUAAGUGGUUUACGCAAUGAUUACUAUCUAAACUUAUUAGAUUGGAGCCACAAGAAUCUUAUUGCACUUGCGCUAGGAUCAACUGUGUGCAUUUGGAAUGGAGAAACCAACCAAAAUGUCAAAAGCAUAGACUUAUGUUCCAGUUGCAAAUAUUAUGUUGCCUCCGUGGCAUGGAUGAGAGAGAAUCCUUGGCUUGCUUUGGCAACAAGUGAUGGAGAACUGCAGCUAUGGGACAUUGAAACCCAAAAGAGGAUGAGAACUAUGUUUGGUCAUCUGUCUGUAGUUGGCACCCUGAGUUGGAAUGGUCAUAUACUUAGCAGUGGUUCAAGACUGGGCUAUAUUCACCAUCAUGAUGUUCGAGCAGCUCAGCCCCAUAUCGGCGCUGUUCGGCAAAGCAAACAGAGCAUUUGUAGCCUACAGUGGUCCCCAGACCACACACUCCUGGCAAGUGGUUCUAGUGGUGGUCUGCUGAAUAUUUGGCCUAAUGAUCCAGGUAUGGGAGGACAGUGUAGGCCACUAACCACCAUAUCUCAUUCCUCAGCAGUGAAGGCAAUGAUGUGGUGCCCAUGGCAAUCUGCUGUAAUUGCCACAGGAGGUGGAAUAAAGGACAGAAUGUUGCACAUAUGGAAUGUAAGCAGCUUGAAAAAGCUUGAAAUUGCAGAUACGAAAUCUCAGAUAUGUUCUCUACUCUGGUUACCCAACACCAAAGAAUUAAUCACUGGGGAAGGAUAUCCUUGGAAUAAGAUAUCAGUCUGGAGGUACCCCAUGCUUUCAAAUUCUGCAGAACUUUGUGAUCACAAAGGAAGAGUUUUGCAUGUGGCUCUGAGUCCAGAAGGAAAUAGGAUCUUUUCUGCUGGAGCUGAUGAGACAGCAUAUGUGUGGAAAUACAGGAUGAAGCCAAACACAAUGCACUUCCAGAAAGAUAAUUGUUUCAAUUAAUCAAGAUGUGUAUUGACUAGUAAUUCUUAAGACAAAUUCAGGCAUAGUUGGAUUUGCGAAACCCAAGGAAGUCCAGAUUUGCUAUGCAGAAGCAGGUAAUGGCAAACCAUCUUUGACAAUUGCUUAAAAACCCUGUGUGGUGGCCAUAAUUGACUGUGACUUAAUAGCACUUUCCACCACCAUAAAGCAUUAGUAUUAAUUGAUUGUGUAUUUCACUUGACCUACCUUAUAGAGCUGGUGAUGGACAGUUAAAAAAUAAUGGAUAUUGUAAUAAGAGGGAGAAAAAGCAGUCUGUUUAUAGGUAGCUGUGACAGACUGCACAGAAAGUGUGAUUUGAAAAGUGCAGGUUUGACUGCAGUUAGUAUUGUUUACAUUCAGAGUGAGGCAUAGAAGCCUAGGAACUGGAGAAGCCACCUGAUUGGCUGUGGCAUCCUGCACUCUGAUUAGCCUAAUGGCUAGAUAAUGCAGAGAGGCAGGAGGUUAACUCCCUGACAGAACAAUUUGAGAGGCUUUUGGACUUUAGAGUUCCUGGUGUUACGAGCAAUCUGAUUUAACUGUGUUUAAAACAAAACAUCUCUGAGGGGAGUAGUUUAGUCAAAGUGUGUCAUCAGCUUGUGAGCUGGGUGAAAUCAUUAAUAUACACAGAUUGAGAGAACUGGUGGAGGGGUUUAUUGAGAGGCCAAACUGAAGGGUCAUACAUAUAAACCAGUAAGCAAUAUCUUCAAAUGAAGGAAGAAUUCCUGGAUACCAGUUAGUCUGGAUUAUUGGGUUAUACCUUCUGUUCUUCAGUAGAGUGUUUUAUGUUUUAGUUUGGGUUUUCUAAUUGUGAGGGCUGAGUGAAAGUACUGAAUAUAUGCACCAAGCCUGUUAGGACUCUGAAUGUGAACAAGCCAUUAGCCGGAACAUCUUGAGUUUAAGGAAAUGUACCAUCUGUUUUCUGCUUCAGCUUAGUAUUAUAGUUAUUAUUGGGCAUGUAUAGUAUUGUUUUAAUUUUUGCGUGAUUCUUUGUUUUAAAUGUUUUAAAUGAAUUGUAUUAAUCUGUUGUGACCCGCCCUGAGCCCUAUUUGGGAUAGGAUGGCAUAUAAAUUUGAAUACAAAUAUAAAUGUAAGAAACAACUAUAUAACAACUAAGCUGAACUGUAACUGAGAGCUGAAACUGAGGUAUUAUCAAGACUGCCAAAAAAAUCAAAUACUGAAUCUCUGUGCCAAGCUCUUGUGUAUAUAUAUUUCUCCUGUCCUAUUUGCCUCAUCCAUUUCUCCUCUCUGAGUUACUUAUCUUCCUUACCCAUC